AUGGAGGGCCGCCGGACCUCGGCGUCCACACGACCUCCGCGCCUUCGGCGGGCUCAGGCAGCGCCGCCUCCGCCGCCCCGACUCGCAGCGGCGGCGCCCAGCGCCCGGGCCGCGGCCGCCGCUCUCAUGACAACCAGCCGGUUCAGGGAGUGGCGCGCUGCCUUCCUUUGCGCGGAGUCCACCGGGAGCCGGCCCGACGCGGGGUGCGGACUCCCUGAGCAGCGGGCCGAGCAGGUGCUGCCCGCGGGGCCGGAGGCCCUGAAGAUGUCUGGGUCCCGGAAGCCCAAGACGUUCAAGCUGCGGGCUUUGCACAGCCAGCAGAAGUUUGGGAUCGCGGGGAGGAGCUGCCAGGAGGUGCUGCGGAAGGGGUGCCAACGCUUCCAGGUGCCCGUGCCCGGCUCCCGGCUGUGCCUCUGGGAGGAUGGCGCGGAGCUGACCGCAGACUGCUUCUGGAGCGUCCCUGACAACGCGGAGCUUGUGCUGCUCACCGAGGGCCAGGCCUGGCAGGGCUACGUGAGUGACAUCAGUCGCUUCCUCAGCGUGUUCCACAGGCCGCACGUGGGAGUCAUCCAGGCCGCCCGGCAGCUGCUGGCCGACGAGCAGGCACCGCUGCGGCAGAAGCUGCUGGCCGACCUCCUGCACACGGUCAGCGAGAACAUCGUGGCCGAGACCAGGGCCGAGGACCCGCCCUGGUUCGAAGGUCUGGAGGCGCGGUUUAGGAACAAGUCGGCCUACCUGAGGUUCAGCUGUGCGAGCAGGAUCCGGACCUACCUGAGAGAGGUGAGCUCGCACGCGUCCGCGGUGGGUGCGCAGGCUCGGGAGGAGUACACGCGGGCCGUGGACGCCAUGGCCCAGAAGCUCAGGGCCGCGCAGUACAACGGCAGCUACUUCGACAGGAGCACCAAGGCCGGCGGCCGGCUCUGCACGCCCGAAGGCUGGUUCUCCUGCCAGGGUCCUUUCGACAUGGCCGACUGUGCGUCCAGACACUCCAUCAACCCCUACGGGAGCCGUGAGAGCCGGGUGCUCUUCAGCACGUGGAACCUGGACCACAUAAUAGAGAAGAAGCGCACGGUGAUCCCCGCGCUGGCGGAGGCGGUGGGCGAGCCGGCCGGGCGGCAGGUGGACUGGGAGUACUUCUACAGCCUGCUCUUCACCCGCGACAACCUCAAGCUGGUGCACGUGGCCUGCCACAAGAAGACCACCCACAGGCUGCGCUGCGACCCGCGCAGGAUCUACAGGCCCCAGGCCAAGCUCACGAGGAGGAAGGCUGUGCGCAAGCGCCCGUGACGCGGGCCGCGGCCUGGUGCGGGCGCAAUUUUAACGGGUGCUGUUUUUGCCACUGCGACAGCUUCUGGAAAACACGUUCACAGGCUCCCUGCAGACUUCUGGUCUCAGCACGUUUCAGCUCGCGUAUCCUGCGCCUGCGAGCUGUGGACACCAGGGCCUAGGGCCUGGUCAGCAGGUCAGGGACCGGAGUACUUGGACUUUACCCACCCUGCUUGCUUGGUGGCACAGCUGCCACGCUGAAUGGCGUCAUGGCCGAAGCCGCCACCCUUUGCCUGAGGGACAGCUCUGCCGGGUCUCCAUUCCCCAGACCGAAGCUCCGUCCUCUGGAUUCUUCCAAAUGCCGGGAUCCUGACCUUUUCGGGGUGAAAUGCUCACACCCACAAGCAGCAUAGGGGUGCUUGCUGCUGUGCCAUUACGGCCUGAAGCGGCCUCCACGCCUGUUGGGGGUGUGGUGAUCGUGGCACUGCACUCAGCCCAGAUCCCUGGCUUCUAGGCUAGCAGUCGGGUAUUGCUGAUCUCACGGUUCAACCUGCCGCAUACCGAGGCCACACUGUGCAGCAGCGCAGGUGUGUGACACGGAGCUGCCUGUUAAAUCACGGCGAGUGGCCUACGCUAAGGCCAUGAGUGUGACACACGUGCUGGUGUGAGGCAGCUCGUCUGCACAGCUGUAAUCCUGGGGACAGCGUGGGUGCGACGGUUACAGAGGACUCAUGUUCUAAGCGUGUUUGACAACAGUCGGCCCUCAUAGCUUCGCGCCGCAGUUGGAAUCCCCGGAUGUGGAGGGCCGUCUUCCUCAUUUUAUAUCAGGGCCUGAGCAUCUUCAGGUUUUUGGUAUUGGGGUGGGGGCUCCUGGGCCAGUCUCCCGCGGGGACCGAGAAACAACUAUACUUGAAUUUUUAAAAUGAGCAUUUAUUUCAGAAUUUUAAAAAUUUAGUUUUUUACCUUUUGUAACAUUUGAAUUUUUACACUUGUUAUAGAACCAGGAAAAGCAAUAAAGGUUUUUCA